AUGUUUCUCCAAAAAUUUAUUGAAGCUCGCCAAUUUAUUCGUCAACGACCAAAACUUUUCAUUUUACAAAUAUGGUCAAUGAUACUAAAUGGAUUUUUUACGUCUUAUCUGUUUAUCAUGUUUUCUUCGUUAGCCUGCUCCACGAAUAUACCAAAGAAUCAAGAAUACAUGUUCUAUAUCCUUCUAUCCUCCGCAAUGCUUAUGGGCACGAUCGUUACAUCUAAAAUUGGUAAGAGUUUUGAUUCAUGCCAGCUGCUCUUCGUAUGCAAUGCGAUAAGUUCGUUGGUUUUUUGGCUUCUAUCAACGUUUCACAUGCCUAUCGCUAUAUCAUUAUGUCUUCUGACAGCCGGAUUAUGCUUAGGCAUAAGCUUUUCUACAACAUUCCAUAUUUUCAUUACUUCUUACUCUCAAAUUAACACAUUUCUCAUCCAUCUUAUCUACUUCUUCAACGCAUUGGGGAGUCCUCUGGCAACAUCUCUCUUCUUUCCACAAUCAGUGGACUGUGGAAAGAAGUCAAUUCCAUUAACAACUCGAAAUGAAUCAAGCAAAACAAUAAUCUUGCAAUCCUCAAUUAGCAUGAGUCAAAUAUGUUUUGCGUACAUCAUCUGUCAGAUUCCUUUCAAAUAUUUGCUUCUGACAACACAAUCUGGGCCUGAUGAAGAGAUGCAAAGACGCGAACAAUAUGAUCUCAUUGAGAAUGAACCCGCAAAACCGAAGAUCUCAUACAAGCUCUUGAUUAAUUUCUCUGUGUUCGCAAUAUUGUCUUCGACUAUUCGAGCAACCUUUCCAUUGCUAGUAUAUAUCCAUCCGGAAGGAAAUAUGAUUCAUCUUCAUAUGUUCGAAGCUUCAUUCCUCAUUGGACGCCUUCUCAAUAUUUAUCUUGCUUCAUUGAUGGCUCCUUAUUUGAAUAUGGGCAUCUGUAUAUUAGGAUGUGGUGUAUCUUGCUGUAUAAUGUUUUUUGAAAACGGACUACUCAUAGGAUCAACCAUAUUAGGUCUUUUUUUGUCUCCAGUCGAGCCAAUACUGAUGUUGUACAUAAAGAGUGUUCUAAAGCUACAAGACUCUGCUGUAUACGCCAUACUGACAGGAACUUCCAUUGGCUUCGUGACCUUUCCUUUUUUACUUCAAAUUGAUCCAUCAGAAAGCCGACGAAUAACAACAUUGUACUUCUUCAUCGUUCUAAUAUUAGUUCUUCUUUAUGUUUCCGUCUUGAAUGCGCAGAUCCAUAUAUCGGCAGAGAAUGGAACUCCGGAAAAGUUCAAGAUAUUCAUCGAUCGUUUCUUCUCAGGUCAAAAUAUCUUGAAAAGAACUCGUUCCAUCAGGCCAUUUAUUACUAGACUAAGACAAAGUUCUUAUAAGAGAUUCAGGCGAAACGACAAUCGCAUUCAGUAUCGAACUCCCACCAUCGAAAUUACUCUGGAACCCGAACCUAACAUCUGCGAUUGA